AUGCGCCGGCGUAAUCCAAUCGCGUCUCCGGCUGCGGGCCUUUUGCGCGUCCAGUUUGGGAACAGCACCAACUUGCGCCCCGCAAUUCGAUUGCACUCGCGAACUCUGUGCGACGAUAAUCGAACGUUCGAGUUUGUUAACGGAGUCGGCCGCCAAUUGGACGGACGGCGCGGUUGUCAGUUGUCCCGCGACGCGGAGCCACGAGAAGGGAAGACGGGCGCGCGAGGCCGGGCGACCGCCGCGGGAGCGAUUCGAGCGGAUUACGAGUAUGUACCUGGAGGCGCGGGGGCCGACUCGUUAGUUGUUGUUUGCCGAGUGACGCGGGUCAAUCAGCAGAGACAUGCACGGAACCGCACUUCUUCAUCCCCUCCGUCCCUCAGCCCCUACCGCGCCCCCCGCCGCCCGCUCCCCCGCCGCUCGUUAGGCCGCGCCGUCUCUGUCAACUGUGAGACGGGCUUUAUCGAAUCUACGACGCACGAGCCGCGCCGCGGUCGGCCCACUCUUCGCUCC